CAGCUGUUCGCACCUGAAUUCUUUGGCCCACCAAGCAGACAGCCACAUGCCUUACAUAAUAUUCCAUGCCAAGCCUGAAGCUCGGCCUUUGACGAAAUCCAUCGUACGAGAGCACAUCCCGAGCUUGCACCACGAACAAACCGAGCUCUGCCGACCGCAAUUCCUAACUAUCAUCGCCAAUUCACGAUACCACCACCAUACCAAUGGCUUCGAUCAUUGCGCGCCGAGCUUUCAGCACUACCGCCCGCCGCUUGACGUCCGGCGAGGAGGCGCUGAAGACCGAGUCGAAGAAGAACCCUGAGAUCAUGAUUCUCGGUGGUGUGGUGCUUGCCGCCCUGACCGGUGCCGGAUUCUACUUUGGCCGCAGCCCGACCUCGUCGACCUCCGAGAGCCGUGUUCCUCUCGCCAAGAACAGCAUGCCUUGGGAAACCGACUCGACUCACGGCAAGUACCAGUAUCACCCGGGCGCUGAUGACAACGCUCCGCCAAAAGACGCCCCCAGCGCCGUCAACGUCGUCGUCAUCCCCGACGUUGAGCUUCCCAAGAGACUCCACGACAAGUACAACAAGUGGGGCAAGGAUGGCUACUAGAUCUCUUUUCCACUCGGACAGAGGGACAUACAUGGCGGAAUAUCCCUGUCGUAUUGCAUCUCGGGGGGGAGGAAGUAGGUUGUAUGUAGAGGAUAGGUCUGGGUCGCUCCGAAUAUAGGGCUUGUAUGAGUCUCGAACCACGACCCUUUCCGCUGUCUUUCAUGGUCGAGGACACAGAACAUCCGAGGGACGGUGCCCAGCGCCUCGGUCCCAUUUGCCCUUAUUCG